CACCAAUAUACCUUCAACUUCAACGAUCUCAUCGCACAAUGAAACUCACACUUUUCACCACUCUGGCCUUCGCUGUCGCCGCCCUCGCCACAGUGAACCCCGACACUUUCGCCACGGCUACGAGAGUGGGAAGUGUGGAAAUGCGCACUGCACGCACUUCUACACCCACUGCCACGUUUGCUGCUCCUGAAAUUACGGCUAGAGCUGUUAUUGGAGAUCCGGUGUCUACUGGAAAGGGAGAUAAGGAGACCAAGGGCAAGGAUACCAGGGUUAUCAGGAGUUAUUCGGGGUGGAAUUACAGUUGUUCUGGUCCGGAUUGUUGAGAUGAGGAUGCUUGGAAAAGACGCAAUGCUUGGAGGGAUGAAGG